UAGCUCCAACUGUAAUCCAAUGCACCUGAUUCUAAUAGUUAGCUGGUUGAUAAGCUGAAUCAGGUUAGUUACAACUGGGGUUGGAGCGAAACCCUACAGGAUGGUAGUUCUCCAGGAACAGGAUUGGCGUGAACCUACACAACUUUAUAUCUCCAGAAACAGGGUUGGAGAGCCCUGAAUUAAAUCCACCCCCAUACCAAUAUUUUACAUUUUGUGUAAAAACGUACAUUCACAGGCUCUCCAGAGUUCUCCACCCGCCAUUCCAGCCAACUAAAUGACCAUGGAAGCGGGAGCCGAUACACAGCAGGGUGGUGACACAGCUGUUUCUGAGUCUGAGGCCCAGCAAAUCACACUGGCCCAGGUGUCUAUGGCAGCAGGACAGGUCUCCUCCAGCGGCUCCACAGUCACCCUGGUGCAGCUACCCAACGGUCAGACGGUUCAGGUCCACGGGGUCAUCCAGGCCGCCCAGCCCUCGGUCAUCCAGUCGCCUCAAGUACAGACUGUUCAGAUUUCAACAGUUGCAGAGGAUUCCCAGGACUCCCAGGAGUCGGUGGACAGUGUGACAGACUCUCAGAAGAGGAGGGAGAUUCUGUCCAGACGUCCUUCCUACAGGAAGAUCCUGAACGACCUGUCGUCUGACGUGUCUGCGGUCCCGCCGAUCGAGGAGGAGAAAUCGGAGGACGACUCGACCCCCUCCAUCACCACCGUUGCCAUGCCCACGUCAUGCCCCAUCUAUCAGACGGCCAGCGGCCAGUACAUUGCCAUCACCCAGGGCGGCGCGAUCCAACUGGCCAAUAACGGUACAGAUGGCAUGCAGGGGAUGCAGACCCUGACCAUGACCAACGCGGCAGGCGCCCAGCAGGGCACCACCAUCCUGCAGUAUGCCCAGACCUCCGAUGGACAGCAAAUCCUGGUGCCCAGCAACCAGGUGGUAAUGCAAGCUGCCUCUGGAGAAGUGCAGACCUACCAGAUCCGUACGGCCAACACCAGCAGCAUGACUCCUGGGAUGGUGAUGGCCUCAUCUCCCGCCUUGUCUGGCCAGGAAGGCCCAGAGGUUGUCGUCACCCGUAAGAGGGAGGUCAGACUGAUGAAGAACAGGGAGGCGGCCCGGGAGUGUCGCCGGAAGAAGAAGGAGUACGUCAAGUGUCUGGAGAACCGUGUGGCCGUUCUGGAGAACCAAAACAAAACCCUCAUUGAGGAACUGAAGUCACUUAAAGACUUGUACUGCCACAAAUCAGAGUAGUGUCCCCCCUCCCCCAUGUACAGAGACUCACCACAGAGCCAUGCAUCUGGCACCACCCUCCCCCAUUUAUCCUUUUCUUUUUAAAAAGCUCUACCAGUCUAUAAGACCUACAGAAAGAGGAAAAAGAACACAAUUUCUCCACUUUUUCACAAGUAUCCCUUUAAAAGGAUGACAUGAGUACCCCUAAAAAGGAUGGCCUCAUAGGUACCCCUUAAAAGGAUGAUGAGUACUUUCCAUCAUGAGUACCCCUGUACCCCUAAAAGGAUGAGGUGGAGCACACGGUUUCUCCACCAAUAGAAUGGAGCCCCUAGUGGAAUCUUACAGUGGUAGGUAUUGGGUCUGUCCACGACACUACUGCUGCUAACUAACCAGUAGUCUCCAGUCUGAAGAUGUCAGAUACCAGGAAAACAGCAGCCGUGGAGGACUAGGAAACCUCUGCCCACCAUGAACUACCCUAUACAACUAUUGAGUUUGGACCGUCACCUGGCAACACACGUUGAAAAAGAUGUCAGAUACCAGGAAAACAGCAGCCGUGGAGGACUAGGACCCCUCUGCCCACCAUGAACUACCCUAUACAACUAUUGAGUUUGGACCGUCACCUGGCAACACACGUUGAAAAUGAUUUUGGAAAAAUGGUCAUCUUUUUGAGUGCUACACUAUUCAGUAUUUAGGCUGAUGAUUGCUUUAACUCUUCUGUUACUUACUAACACUUUAUGUGGACUGUAGAUCCCAACCACUGUCAGAUGAAAUGUAUUAUCUUUGAGCUUGAGUUGGGUUAUCAUGUAUUGAAUUUUUCUGCUUGCCAACUUUUGUUAUUCAGCAUUGCUAAGUCGGGUGUUUUGGGGUAGGAGAUGGAUUGUGGGUGGAUUGUCUGCAACAACUAACAGGCAUUAAAAGGUAACCUCAGCGAUAUGACGUAGAUGCAGAAUGUAAACAGCAUAGUGGGUCAGUUACCACAACUAAGAGUGUUGAAGCGAGAGGCUCAACUUCUCCGCUGUUUUGGUGCCGUGGCUACCACUACAACGUUAAGCGAUACUGUGUGAUGGCAAAGUGUUGCAUCUCAAUAUCUCCGGUGCUGCUCGGGGGAAAGUCAUUUCGCAGAGUACCUUUUUAAAGAGUUGUGCUAAUGUAAACUGAGCUACCACACAGCUGACAGGAGGAGUUGUGAAAUAUGACUGAAGGGUAGACUAUGGGUGUUGUAUAGUGUGCUUUUAGGCAUUCAUGUAAUGUAUACGAUGUCUGAGGCAGUGUGUGUUUGUUUCUCCAUGGCCUGAACAGGCAUAAGGCAUAAUCAUAUUGGAGGAUAUCCUAACUUCCACUUAACUUAAUCAUGCAUUGACAUCAAUGGGAUUGUAGAGUGAAAGUUAGGAUUAGCCCCACAAUCUCACGUUUUCAUCUGUUGUGCCUCAAACACUUCUGAUAGAACAAGGGAAGAAGCAUUUUCUAUCAUGUAGUUAGUUAAAAGGGAUAGUUUGCUUGGAUCUGCAGUGAUGACGUAGACCUCGAUGUUGGGAUCCAUCGCUGACAUUUAGACUGACAACUCAUCAACAAACGUGGGAUUACACCAGGGGCGCGUUCAGCAGCUCACAACGAUGUGGAACAGAUAAAAAUGUUCAGCUAGAACUGUUUUGUAGAACAGACAUGCCUUUCUGACAUGUAAAAUAAGGAUUCGUGUCAACUAUAUUUCUAUCGGCAAUGUUCCAUAACGUUUGCUUACUGAACCCGGUCUUCUGUUUGAUUGGAUAACGGAAUGCCAUAUUGUAUUAUUUUGUUUUUAUGUAGCCAUCUGUCAUAAAUAACAUAUGCAUCUUACUUUUAAAACACUUGCCAUUUCUGUUCAUAUUUUGUAAACGUUGUAUUUCUUAAUGUCAGCAUUCACUUGUAUGAAAAAAGCAAAACAAUUAUAUUACAGAUUCUACUAUUUGUUUUUGGCAGCUGUUAAUAAAUGUGUUUCUGGUA